AUGCUGACCAGCGAGGGCCAGGGAUUCCCUCACUUUGGUUUGUGUCUCUGGUUGUGUAUGUUCAUACCUUUCUUUAAAGGCUCUGCAGGCUGUGCAUCUGAAGAGAGGCUCUUUCACAAACUGUUUUCUCAUUAUAACCAGUUCAUCAGGCCUGUGGAAAAUGUUUCUGAACCAGUCACGGUGCAUUUUGAAGUGGCCAUCACACAGCUGGCCAAUGUGGAUGAAGUAAACCAGAUCAUGGAAACCAAUCUGUGGCUACGUCACAUAUGGAAUGAUUAUAAAUUGCGCUGGGACCCAAUGGAAUAUGAUGGCAUUGAGACUCUUCGUGUUCCUGCAGAUAAGAUAUGGAAACCUGACAUCGUUCUCUACAACAAUGCUGUUGGUGACUUCCAAGUUGAAGGCAAGACAAAAGCUCUUCUUAAAUAUGAUGGCAUGAUAACCUGGACUCCACCAGCUAUUUUCAAGAGUUCCUGUCCUAUGGAUAUCACUUUUUUCCCUUUUGAUCAUCAAAACUGUUCCCUUAAAUUUGGUUCUUGGACAUAUGACAAAGCCGAAAUUGAUCUUCUAAUCAUUGGAUCUAAAGUGGAUAUGAAUGAUUUUUGGGAAAACAGCGAAUGGGAAAUUGUUGAUGCCUCUGGCUACAAGCAUGACAUAAAAUAUAAUUGUUGUGAGGAGAUCUACACAGAUAUAACCUAUUCUUUUUACAUUAGAAGACUGCCAAUGUUUUAUACCAUUAAUCUGAUCAUCCCUUGUCUCUUUAUUUCAUUUCUAACUGUGCUUGUCUUUUACCUCCCUUCUGACUGUGGUGAAAAGGUGACACUUUGUAUUUCAGUUUUGCUUUCUCUGACUGUGUUUUUGCUAGUAAUCACGGAAACCAUCCCAUCCACGUCUCUUGUGAUCCCACUGGUGGGUGAGUACCUACUGUUCACCAUGAUCUUUGUCACCCUGUCCAUUGCGGUGACUGUGUUUGUGUUGAACAUUCAUUAUCGCACCCCAAUGACACACACCAUGCCCAAGUGGGUGAAGACAGUUUUCCUCCAGCUGUUACCCCAGAUCUUGAUGAUGAAGAGGCCUCUGGACAAGAUGAAGGAGACAAGUUCAGAUAAAAAUUCCAAAGGCAUUUCUGGUAGGCCCACCAAAGUCAAUUUUGAUAAUUGCAGAGAGACCAAACUUCCUAAAGAAUGCUGCCACUGUCAUAAAUCAAGUGAGCUUGCCACCAGCAAGAGAAGAUUAAGUCAUCAGCCUUUACAAUGGAUAACUGAAAAUUCAGAGCACUCGCCUGAUGUUGAAGAUGUAAUUAACAGUGUACAAUUCAUAGCAGAAAACAUGAAGAACCAAAAUGAAACAAAGAAGGUAGAAGACGACUGGAAAUAUGUAGCCAUGGUGGUGGACAGAGUAUUUCUUUGGGUGUUUAUAAUUGUCUGUGUGUUUGGAACUGCAGGGCUAUUUCUACAGCCACUACUGGGGAACACUGGAAAGUCUUAG